GCUCUAGCUAUCAUUGCAUCUGCCCAAUCAUUUUCUUGUUCCAUCCCAUCUUCUUUGCCAAUUCAUAAUCUAGGAAGUCAUGGCCAUUUCCAUUUUCAAUCAGAAUUUGAAUUGGUUUUGUGAGAAUAGUCAAACUUAUAUUUAAUAUACUAGAAAGAUUUAUUCCUUAAACAUAGGGAUAUAAUUAGAUGAGAUCAUAGGAGUUAAUAUUUUAUUCUUGAUUUGAUUUUAUUUCCUUUAUAGUUGUUAUUUGUAAACUAUAUAUGUAUAGUGCAUUUGUGAAUAAUAUACACGCUCUUGAGAAAUUCCAAACUACAUGGCAUCGGAGCCAAUUCAAUCAGUCGAGGUUUACAGAGUCACAUGAUAGCGUGCAUGUUGAUUCCACUAAGUUCGAUUUUGGGCGUUCUGCACUGGCAUGACAGGCGUCGCACAACAUGCCAGGGUCUAGAGUUGCACAAUGAGUCUAGAGCUGCACGUUGGUCAGCAGUCUUCUGCGAGCAUCCGUGAGCGGCUUCUCUUGGCGUGACAUUCUCGAGUCACGACGCAUGAGAACGUAUAUUCAUUAGUAUUCUUUGGUGUGGUCAAUGUUAGUUUUUUUCCUCGCACUGUGCGUCUCUCUCUCUUUAGAUUCCAUCAGUAGAAUCGUAUCACACCGAGGUUCAGACUCGUGUGUUCCACAGCUUCCAACUAUGGGUAUUGGUUUUGGCAUAGAAAUUGACUCAAAUAUUAAUCCAUAUGGUGGAACUUCCCAAGGGUUGAGUUCUGCCGAAGGGACCUCUACUCUUCUCAUCUCAGAAAAAUUCAAUGGCUGCAACUAUUGAGAAUGGGCCCAGUCAAUCAGACUUGCUAUUGGCAGAUAAGGCAAGCUGGGUUUAAUCACUGGCUACUCUGAGGUUCCAGAUGCAUUAGACUCGAAGGCUAUGGUGACGUGGGAGAUUGAUAAUUCUAAGGUAGCUUCAUGGCUGAUUAAUGCUAUGACACCAUAAAUUCGACGCUCCUUCAUGUUUCUUCCAACGGCACGAGAUAUCUGGGAAGCAGUUAAGGAGUCAUAUUUGGAUGGUGAAGAUGGUGCACGUCUUUAUGAUUUGAAGACAUGAACUUGGCAGAUCAAACAAGGCGAAUGAGAGGUAACAGAAUUCUAUUUGGACCUAGUUGCUAUAUGGCAAGAAAUUGAUCUCAACACAGAAGAGGUAUGGUCCUAUUCCAAUGAUGCAGUAAGGUACAAGCGUUGUAUUGAAGAUGAGCAGGUUUUUCAGUUCUUGGCUGGCAUUCAUCACUCACUAGAUGAUGUUUGAAGUCGCAUAUUGGCUCGCUCCCCAUUACCAUCAACUCGUGAUGCUUUUGCUGAAGUUUAUCGAGAGGCUUCUCGUCGUAAGAUGAUGUUACCUACUCCUUCUUCUGUUCCUCCUUCAUCUGAAUCUUCUGCUUUGGUAAGCAGGCAUUCUGAUCAGGGACAAAAAGAUGCAAAAGGCAAAUUGUUUUUGACCAUUGUAAGAAGACUAGCCACUCGAAAGAUAAGUGUUGGGAUCUUCAUGGGAAGCCCCUAACUAGAAACCUCAUAAAGGUAAGUGUCAUGGUUACCGGGCUACAUCUGAGUCUAUACAAGGCAAACUUACUUCUUUACUAGCUGUUGAUAAGGACCAGUUAAACAAGCUCAUGGAAAUGCUUCAAUCUUUACAAUCCAUCUAGUCAUCCUCUCUAUCAUAUAAUGCUUCAGUGGCUAAGAAAGGAUCCUUCAUCGAGAUGAUUGGGAAUGCUGAGGAGUGUGAUGGACUCUACUACUUGGACAAGUCAACCGUUGUGCUUGAGAAUUCUACAGUGGAUGAUUUACAACCUGGGUCUACACAAGAAGCUGAGAUGAUUACAAAAGAUAUGGUUGAAACUGGGAAGUCUGCAGCUGAUGAUUUACCUCCUGGGUGGAUAAAAGAAGUCAAGAUUGGGAAGAACGGCAGUGGCAUUAGGAAAGACCCAUACUAUACAGAUCCAGUGAAUGGUUAUGUAUUCCGUUCCAAGAAAGAUGCAUGGCGCUAUGUUGAAUCUGGAGAUAUAACUAAAUGUCUGUAUAAACCAACAAAAAGACAAAUUGAAGAUGAAGACAGUUCCACUCCGUCAUCUAAAGCUAAAAGACAGAAAUUAAAGCAGCCUGCAACCAAACGGCAGCUUUUUCUAGGCAGAAAGAUAUCUAAAAAAAAAAGCACAGAAUUGUCUGAUACCAACAGUUCAGUAAAAGGGCAUAAUGUGAAGACUGUUGAAGCUGUUGUGAAAAUGCAUUCACUUGAGGAUGCAGCUGCAAACGCUCCAGAAAUGAAUAGAACAUCUGAUCCAGGUGCAUUGAAGAAUGCUGAUGAAAAGAAACACAGAAGCCCUGGCAUAUCCAACAAGAAAGGAUUAAGUGUGCCUCACAGAUUUUCAAGACGACUUGCUGGAGCUGAACCUGACCAGGUGUCUGAGUCUGAUAUCAUCGUCCAUGAACAGUCUCUUUUUGUUCCAAAGAGGAGCUUGAGGAAAGGUAGAACUGCUCGAGAUAUUGAUUCAGCAAAUGUAUUGUCUCAACAACUCAAUGCUGUCCUAAAAAUUGAGCACACGCGUGAUAUACCAGGUGAGUUACAAAACAAAAGCAACAGAAUUUCUGAGGACCAAAGAGAUUUCAGAGAGCAAUCAAAUCACAAUUCUCUAUCAAAUGAUUAUAGCUCCCCAAACUUGAAUGGUACAACAAAGCCAACAGGUGACUUACCAAUUAUGGAUAAUCUCCUAAUAGAAAACAAACUGAAUGCAGGUGAAAUUAGAAAAUCAGGUAACAAAUCAAGUAACGAGAAAGUUCAUCACAUUCCUUAUCGAGCUUCAAAACGACUAGCUGGAUAUGAACCUGAUAUUACUGGCUCCAUGUUAUGUGACAAACCUCCUGAAUACAAGGCUAAAAAGUCUAAAGUUGGGGCCAAUGCAGAAUCACAUCAAAUUGGCAGUAUUCCAUCUAAGGAGCCCGCAUAUCAUGCUUCUACCUCUAUUAAUGUGCCAAGAGUUGGAGAGUCAUCAGGGAGGAGCAAAAGUUCACGUAAAGUCCGACCCAGAACUUGUGAACAAGAGAAACUUGGAGAGAAACAGUUGGAUGAUGAGAAGUCAGAACCUCAACUAUCCUUCGCAUUUCACUAUUCUUGGUCUGAUCCAUCUGUGGAAUUUGCGAUUCAAACCCUCACUGGUGCAUUACCAGUUGAGGAUUCAGUUCACAAGGAGCCUGUUUUUGUUCCUGAAACAGAUGAUGUUGAUAAAACUAAGUUGUCCAAGAAUGUUACAGAAGGUCAGGGGCCUGUUUUGGUUCCUGAAACAGAUUACGUUGAUAAAACUAAAUUGCCCAAGAAUACUACGGAAUGUCAGAGGCCUGUUUUGGUUCCUGAAGCAGAUGCGGAUGAUAAAACUAAAUUGUCCAAGAUUUUUAUUAAAGGCUGCAAUGACAAAAAUCGACAAGUUACUCCAAAGAAAUCCAAGAGUAAGAAAGAGCCUACUUUGCCUCGCAGGUUAUCAAAGCGACUUGCUGGCCAUGAACCUGAAACAGCACCUUCUGAUAGAGCUCUUGAAUAUGCAUCAUCUAAAAAGUCAUGCAAAGAUGAACUAACUGCUACUGCAACUUCAGGCAAUGGAGCAUUGAAGCAUAUUGAUUUUGGGGAAGAGACACAGCUUGAUCUUCAAGCCUCCACAUGUCCCGAAAGUAGAGCACAUGGAGAGUCAUCAAACAAGAAUGAGAAUUCAAAUGAAGUUCAAAUUGAUCCCCGUGAACAGUUACAGAAGGUUGAAGCUGAAAAAGUCCAGGAGGGGUCUGAGACGGAGCUAUCCUUACCGUUUGGGGACUCUUGGUCAGAUACAUGCUUUGAAUUUGCAGUCAAGACUCUCACAGGUGCAUUGCCAGUGGAUGGUGCUGAGGAAAUUUUGCCUGUCAUAACUCCUGAUCUUAAUUGUCCACCAAAUACAGGAUUGCUUGAGAGUGUGGUAGAGAACUGCAUUAAUGAAGAAGCUCUUGAUAACAUGAAACAAUCACAGAAUAACGAAGAUAUUAAUAAGGUUUGCCAACUUUCAAAACAACUCCCAGAUCAACCUGAGUCAUUUAUCAGCUCCACAUCCUGUCAACAUGCUCCUAAAUUUGCUUCUAUAGAAUCUUAUGGUGAUGAUGCCAAGAUAACUUGGACUUUGAACCAAUCACAGAAGCGUGCAGAUAUUAAUGAGAUUUUCCAACCUUCAAAAGAAUUCCUGGGUCAACCUGAGUUAUUGAUCAACUCUAUAUCUUGUGAAAUGGUCUGCCAGCCUUCAAAGGAUCUUCUAGGGCAUGCUGAGCUGAGAACCAGUUCGACAUCUUGUGAAAAUACGACUAAUUUUUUUGCAAAAGAAUGCCAUGGUGAUGAAGCCAAUAUAACCACUAAUUUGGAUGAAAGAGCAUCCCUGAAUAUUGGAGCUGGAAAUGAAUUUCAAAUUGCGCAUCAAUCUAGAAAUGUAGAUGCAUCAAAACUCGAAGAGUCAUCCUAUAAUAUUAGCAAGGUUCUCGGGCAAGAAUCUGGUCCGGCCAAGCAGCCACAACUUGAAACUCGAAUUGAAAGGCAGCAUAAGUCUGACUUGCAGUUUUCUUCUCCACUUGUGGAUUCUUGGUCGGACCCAUGUCUAGAAUUUGCAUAUAAGACUCUCACAGGUGCAAUACCUGUAGAGGAAAACUUAUCAAUUCAAGGAUGCUUCCAGGAACCUGCUAACAACUGUUGUGGGCAGAAGGAUGCUAGCCCAAUGUUGCCUGAUUUUGGACCUCCCAGCUUAUCUCGGGGUGAUAUUUCGUUUCAUUACAAUGUGAAGUCCAUGCCAGGUCAGCAAUCAUCAAUGAGCUCCUCCACAAUCCUACCCCCGGAAAAAGUUGGCCCGCAUUGGUUUCCUGAGUUUGAUUCUCAAAAGCACUAUUCUCAGUCGAGUAAGAAUUCUCAAGGAGGUUAAAAAUGCUAAAUAAUUGUUAGCUAGCGCCAGGAUCUGUUUAUCGUUUACUGUACUUUAGGUAAUAAAGUCAUUAUGGGGAAGUGGUCGUGCAUUCCUUCUAUAAUUAAGCCCUAGACAAACUUUGUUCCUAUUUUCUAAUGGACACAUCUAGAAUCAACUAGGCAGGGAUUUAAGCGACACCCACAGCUUAUGAUUUAUUCUCGUGCCAUAUGACUUGAUCGUUGUUAGUUCUAAAUAUCAACAAAGGUUAACCCCAUAAUGUUAGACCUUGCAAAAAGUUUCAAUCAUUAUUGGUCGUCGUUGUCAAUUCUCAUCCCCGGAUCAAUGUCAUGUCUGUAGCUACUGGAUUAUUGAAAUUUUUGUUCAGUUUUUA